GCUGCUUGAUGCGGGCUUCGGUCUCGGCCUUCUUGGCGAGGUCGGCCUGGUAUUGUUUCAUUUGGGCUUCCUUCUCUGCGGAGUUGCCGGUGAGCUCUUUGAUCUUGCGUUCAAGGCCUUCAAUCCUGGUGAUGCUCUUGUCUGCCUCGCUGUUAAGCGCCCUCCGUUCCUCCUUGAUCUUUUCGAUCUCGGCUUUCUUGUUCUCGAUGUCAGUCUGGAGCUUAGCGUUUUGAGUCUCGA